AUGCUUGCUCCUCCAUUUUCUCGAGACCACAGUCUUCUAGGAGGAUACAUUUACCCUUCAUCAAUUUUUCACAGAGACCGAUUAAUUCGUCCGAAGAAGGACUUCCAAUCGUAUCUUUACGCCCAGCUGGAAACGCAAAAAGUCAAUGCUGUCCAUCAACAUUUAUGGCUUGCUGGCUUGCCUAGGCCUGCACGCCCACUACACCGUCAACAGGUGCUGCAACGCGCAAUAACUAUCGCCGAAGAUCCAAAUCAACACCUUGUCUGGCAUGAAUCUUGCAUAUAUAUCAAGCCGCUUCCGCCUUAUCUCUUGGACCUGGAAUUUUGGAAAAAGAAUUUGUGCCCGCAACAAGCACUGUAUCAGAGCGCAUGUGGACUACUACUUUCCUACACCUGGCUCAUCAGCUACGAAUGCGAUUGGAAGAUUGCUCGAGCGUACGGCUUGAUACCGGAGUCAAUGACAUGGCGCGCCUGGGUAACUUUCGCUGACGAUCUUCUGGAUCACAUAGAAGGUCAUCAUUCACCACUGGUUGACAAGCGAUACUUCUACGGCGAGCUUCGCCUGUCACGCCUUAACGCCAUCUACCGGCUUGUCCCGCCAGUGUUUUCCUUGAAGCAUAUGGUGUACGGCUUCUCUUCCAACUCCACAUGGUACAAGCAAUUUUUCACGAAGAACUUUGGGUGGUUGUUAGCUGCAUUUGCUUAUGCAAACUUGGCCCUGUCCGCGAUGCAGGUUGACGUAUCUCUUAAGUAUCUUGAAGAUAAUCCGGUGUUUCACAAGGCAUCAUAUGGGUUCGUUGCUACUGUUCUCCUGGCUAUUGUAUUAAUACUCGGAGGAAUAUUUUUUUUAUGGGCUUUUCUGUUCUGGCGAUUGCACAAGUUGCUUAUAGUAGCAAUCGGCAUCGUAUAA